GUGAGGGGGCCCCUCCCUGGCACCUCCCCCCACCAGACUUGGUCGCGCCCGAAGUGUAACACUUUCUCUUUGUCGGUGGAGCUCCUCUGUUUCCUGUGCAGCAGCUCCCGUUGCGGAGGCACCCGUAGCAGCCCUGGCGGACGAAGGAGCGAUGGCAGCGGCCGAUAUAGCUCGCCAGGUGGGCGAAGGUUGCCGAACUGUCCCCCUGGCUGGACAUGUGGGGUUUGACAGCUUGCCUGACCAGCUGGUGAAUAAGUCAGUCAGCCAGGGCUUCUGCUUCAACAUCCUGUGUGUGGGGGAGACAGGCUUGGGCAAGUCCACCCUCAUGGAUACCCUGUUCAACACCAAAUUCGAGGGGGAGCCGGCCACCCACACACAGCCAGGUGUUCAGCUCCAAUCCAAUACCUAUGACCUCCAGGAGAGCAACGUGGGGCUAAAGCUCACAAUUGUGAGCACUGUGGGCUUUGGGGACCAAAUCAACAAAGAGGACAGCUAUAAGCCUAUAGUGGAAUUCAUAGAUGCUCAGUUUGAGGCCUACCUGCAAGAGGAGCUGAAGAUCCGGAGAGUACUGCACACCUACCAUGACUCCCGAAUCCAUGUCUGCUUGUACUUCAUUGCCCCCACAGGACAUUCGCUUAAGUCUCUGGACCUAGUAACCAUGAAGAAGCUGGAUAGUAAGGUGAAUAUCAUCCCCAUCAUUGCCAAGUCAGAUGCCAUCUCUAAGAGUGAGCUGACAAAGUUCAAGAUCAAAAUCACCAGUGAACUUGUGAGCAAUGGCGUUCAGAUCUACCAGUUCCCCACGGAUGACGAGUCGGUGGCUGAGAUCAACGGAACCAUGAAUGCCCACCUGCCGUUCGCGGUCGUUGGCAGCACAGAAGAAGUGAAGAUAGGCAACAAGAUGAUGAGGGCGCGGCAGUAUCCCUGGGGGACCGUGCAGGUUGAAAAUGAGGCCCACUGCGACUUUGUGAAGCUGCGGGAGAUGCUGAUUCGGGUCAACAUGGAGGAUCUGCGGGAGCAGACCCACACCCGGCACUAUGAAUUGUACCGCCGCUGUAAACUGGAGGAGAUGGGCUUCAAGGACACCGACCCUGACAGCAAACCAUUCAGCUUACAGGAGACAUAUGAGGCGAAGAGAAAUGAGUUCCUAGGGGAGCUGCAGAAAAAAGAAGAGGAGAUGAGACAGAUGUUUGUCCAGAGAGUCAAAGAGAAAGAAGCUGAGCUCAAGGAGGCGGAAAAAGAGCUGCAUGAGAAGUUUGACCGUCUGAAGAAACUGCACCAGGAAGAGAAGAAGAAGCUGGAGGAUAAGAAGAAAUCCCUGGAUGAUGAAGUGAAUGCUUUCAAACAGAGAAAGACAGCAGCUGAGCUGCUCCAGUCUCAGGGCUCUCAGGCUGGGGGCUCGCAGACUCUGAAAAGGGAUAAAGAGAAGAAGAAUUAACUCUGCUGUUUGCUGCAUGCUGCAUGAGACCCAGGGUCCUGUUUGGGCUUCCUGUAGACGCACCCUUUCCUGUGCAACAGAACUGGGCCUCCCUCUCUUAUUUCCCCCUUACCAUGUUUAGGGGGCAUACGACCCAUGCCCUCCCCUCUCUUCCUGCGAAUGUUUAUACAAGCCUGAGAGUCAAAUGAUGAUGCCUGGCCUCUGACCGAGAAGCCAGCAACGACAUAGCUUGGAGUCCCAUUCCAUACCUUAGUCCCUCUCCUAGCACCCCCAACCAUAUGUGCCCCUACUUCUCCAUCCUUAUCUUUGCCAGACUGUCACAUAUGCAGGAGUUGCUAUUUGCUUCUCUUCCUCAUUUGAAUUUGACCACUAUUUGUUUCCUUGAGGUAUUUCCAUCUACCCUGGCUGGCUAAGUAUCAGUCAAGGCUCAGAGCUUUCCCCUUACACUCCUGCAUCCUAGUCAAUGGGAUUGUCCUCCCUUUUCUCUAAUCUAAAGAGCCAUAACCUCUUCUCAUAGGCUUCAAAAGAAUUGCCAGUGAUACCUAUUUCUUCUACCAUCUUAGCCCAGCCCUUUCCCAAUUCCAUUCACUCAAAGUCACCUGUAUUAAAAGUCAGCACACAUUUCUAUAAAACACAAUUUUCUGGGCAAGACAGUGUAUAUUUCCCCUCUAAUUCUGGAUACCCCACAGAUAAAGAAGGGAAAAUAAACUAGCAUAUUAUUACCAGCCUAGAGUCUUGAAUGAUAGACUUAUAGAAUUCUCCUUGGGGAUUUCAGCAUGUCAUUGGUCAUUUCUUGCCAUCCCAAUGAGGUGGACUAGCAAUAAUAAUAAUCCCAGUUUGUCAACUGGUGAGUUGCUUCAAGAAGUUAGGCUUGGGGCUUGCCUGGAUGAGUAUGCUAGUCUACUUGAUGAUUGUAAUGAUGGGUUGAAUCUGCAUUUACACCCGUGCCACUUAAAAGAGGAGAGACCAUUAGCUGGAGGGAAGAAGAGAUGCUGUUUCUCGACAUUUACUUUGGUCUAAGGAUUUGAUAUUUUAAAAAUACCCUAGUCUUAAGUUUUAUAAUGGGUCCCAUCUGAUUACGGCUUUUGGAAACCCUUUGAAGUACAGAGCCUUCCACUGUCAGGGCCAUGAGGCACAAUAUAGCUUUUGGUGUUUGACUAGUGACAGAGCAACAACUAGAGGCGACCUGGCAAUGAUCUGUGGCUAAUAUGGCGUCUCUCUGCCCUUCCUUUGCAGUAAUCCAUGGCUGUGUACUGAAUAGUAUGCCCUGCUACAGCUGGACUGGACUCCACUUAGCCUUUUAAGAGAAGGUUCUUAUUUUAACUGACAACUUUUUUUAAUGGUGCCAGACAGCUGGGCCCUCCACCCCUGCUCUGGUACUUCAAGCCUCUCUCUCUCUCUCUCUCUCUCUCUCUCUCUCUCUCGUUCUGCAACUUGCUUCUGCCUCCCAGUCCGACUGGCGUGGAUCAUGACCUUCUUCUUUUUUCAUAUUUUAAAGGUGGUUGUAUAAUCACUACCUCUAAAGCACGCAAGGUGAUAAUACAUUUACAGGCUUUCAGAACUGUUGCAAAAGGGCAGAGCCAUUCUCUACAAUCACAGUUAACACCCGGAAGCCAAGACUAAGCCCAGAGCAGAACUAGUUAAAAGCGAACAAGUCGGUGUACACACUUUCUCUGUUUUGUGGUCAAAGAGAGAAGGCUAUGUUGCUAUGUACUGGCCUGUGGCCAGAGGCAAGUACAGGGUGACAAUGGGAAAGCAUGAGCUAAUUUCUUGGGAAAAACCAACUGGAAGUGGAAAAAUUCAGGUAACCCUAUGCCGAGAUGUAAAACAGAACAAGGCACCACCACCAAAACAGAAAGCCCAAAGCAGAAUCCCCAAAUACCUUCGGUUACACAGUCAGUAGUCGGGGGAGUCAGGCUACUGAGUUAACUAAGUCUCCUUGAGAAAGACCUCUUAUUUGUAGCCAUGGGGUUCUGUGGGGUUUUGUUUUUAAGACAGGUUCUUACUAUGUAGCCCUGGCAUCCCAGUGUAGAUUAGGCUGGCCCUCAAAUUCACAGAGAUCUGCCUGCCUGUAUUUAAAGGCAAACACCAGCUAUGUGUAACCCAGCUGUUGUAGGGGUUUUAACUCACCUUUCCGGAAAUGAGGCCUCUCCUUCGCAACUGUAUAUGAAUUCAUUACUUGAGGCUUAAAGAUUUCAAAACGCUUUGCAAGUAUUUGAGCUAGCCAACUUUUCAAAAGCAAGGAGGAACUGUACAUAAGGUGGGAACCUUUUGGCCAGCAUGGAUGAAGUAAGCCCCUAUGAAGAUAUUGACAUGUAAAGAAAUGAAGGGACUUAUCUGAGGUUCCAUUGCUAUUUCUUGGCAAAGUCCAAGCAAAAUUUUGUCUCUGGGUUCCCAAUCCAUUUCACCAAAGGACCCAAGUAUUUAUGUAUGUUCCUGAAGACAAGAUUUUUUUUUAUGUUCCGAGAAACCAGUCAUUGUUAGAGGAGUCUUGAGGGUUUUCACAUAGAAAGAUAGGAUGGGAUGGAUAGGGGCAGGUAGAGAGAAGGCUUCAGGCCAGCUACCAUGAUGCCCGAUGGUCAGUUAGCUUUCCUAUAAAUCUGAACCAGGACCAGGCCAGUGUCCAUUUUACUGGUACACUGUGUGGCUUCUUGUAAUCAGGGAACUUUGGUGGAAAUAAAAAGCAAUCAAACUCAUUAAAGAAAUUGAGAUGAUGCUAAAUUUCAUUGAGCAGCUCUUCUCACUGUAAAUGGGAAGGUUUUUGUUUUUCUUCACUUGAACAUCUUUUUUUUGUGUG